AUGACAUGUCCCCGCAAGACAGCUGGAACCAUAUUUUGGUUCAAACUUGUGUCUGAAAAUGUGCCUCAGGUCUUCGGAGGACCAUAUGGCUCUGAGGAUGAUCCUCGCAUUACAGCCAGAGCAGAACCUGAAAAAUUUGUUCUGCGUAUUACAAAAGCAAAGCUUAGUGAUACUGGAUUUUACUAUUGUGUGACAACACUACAACAACAGUUGAUAUUUUUGAGAGGAACACAUCUAAAAGUUGAAGGACGAAGACCACAUACAGAUAUCACUACAGUCCCUCCAUCUGAUCCAGUGCGUCCAGGAGACUCUGUGACUCUCCAGUGUUCAGUCCUCUCGGCAAACAAAACAUGUCUAGAAGAACACAGUGUUUACUGGUUCAGUGCCAGUUUGGAUAAAUUUAACGCCAGUUUUAUUUAUACUCAUGAAAACAGUAAUGAUCGAAGUGAGAAGAGUCUUGACAUUCAGUCUUUACAGAAAUGCGUCUACAACUUCUCCAGGAACAAUGUCAGCAGCUCUGAUACUGGGACUCACUACUGUGCUGUGACCACAUGUGGGGAGACACUGAGUAGAAAUGGAACAAAACUCAACACUGAAGCAGUCAACAUCUGUGAUUUGCAGAAGGACAAUACAGUUCUCUUUCUGCUGUGUGCUGCUCUGGCUCUCAGUCUGAUUGUUAUAGUCGUUCUCAUUUAUUCAAUCAAGAAAAUCAAGAAAAAAUCUUGUGACUGUUGUAACGCUGCAGUUGAUCUGCACACAAAUACUGCAGCCAGUGGUGUUCAGCAACGUUGGCAGAGAGACGAGGACUCAUUGGUUUAUUCUGCAGCAAACUUCACAAGCAAGAAAUGCAAAUCCAGGACAAGGGAUAGAAAAACUGCAGAGGAAGAUAUCAUCUACACUGAUGCCAGUGCUCUCAGGUUGAAUUAAUAGUCCAAACACAAAUAUGAUGCUGAUAUAAUGUUUGUAUGGCACAUUGUGUGGGAGAUAUACUGAUGUACACAUUUCAGCUCUUGA